UUCCAACAUCUUCAUGUAGGCUUUUGAGUCUAUAUCAAAAUUCUUUGAGAUUCGUUUGCUGUCCUUUCAGUUAGAAGUGUAUUUUUUAUUUAGCAAGUUCUUACAAAAUUAGAGAAAUAAAAAAAAAAUCAACUGCAAUGAAGGCCCAGAGAAUGCCCGAUUGGGUGAAUGCCCUCUCGCUGAACCAAGCCAUUCGUGGCAUGUUGGAGGAUGGUGAGAAGAUACUGGAUGUUACUCCCACAACAGAUGAGAUACAAUUCCGCAACUGCACCGUUCUGCUGCCCAUCCGUGCGAAGGUGCUCAUGGGAAAUCAGACCAUGCGGAAGAUCUCGUUCAUGCUGAAGGCCCAGCACUGCAGCAAGUUUCAGGCCAAGAUCAUGUCCCACCUAAAGCUGUUCUUCCGCGAGCACCAGAUGUACCACAACAUUUUGCCAAAGUUCGAACAGUUAUUCCAAUCGGUGGGCAAGACGGUGUCGCUGGGGCCGAGGGCCUUCAAGCUGGACAAUAGUAUCAAAGUGCACUAUAUCCUCAUGGAGGAUCUCAGGGCUAAGGGCUACAAGAACGUGGCUCGGCAGGAUGGCUUCGAUAUGGUGUGCAUGAGGGCAGUGCUGAAGAAACUCGCCGAGUUCCAUGCCGCCUCAGCAGCCUACGUGGAGCGGCACGGCAUGUUCAGCAAACUGGUUUCCGAUGGGGUGUACACGCGGAACAACAAGAUCAUUCUGAAGAAACUGAACGAUGCGGAUCCAUAUUUGUCGCAGCUCAGGCGCUCGAGUCUGGGCGGACGUUUCCACAAACGGCUUAUGAACAAGGAGAAUGUCCUAGUGGACCGAAUGCUAGAGCAGAACAACCAACAGCCAGCGGACUUUAGUGUCCUCAACCACUGCGACGGCUGGGUGAACAAUGUGAUGGUGAAGUUCGAUGCCUUUGGCAAUGUGGAGGACACGGCUCUGAUUGACUAUCAGGUGGUCAAAUACGGAUCUCCUUCAUACGAUCUGUACUAUACGAUACUCUCCUCUGCCCAAAAGGAGAUCAAGCUGGACAAAUUUGAUCAUUUCGUGCAGUAUUACUUUUACCAUUUGAUUGAUAAUCUCAAGAUUCUCAACUACAGCAGGCGAUUGCCGCAACUGAAGACGAUACGUGAUGGCUUGCACAAUAAUGGUCUGGCAGAAAAACACGGGAAUCCUAAUGAACACCUGGACAUACCCAAGUGGGUGAAUGAGGACUACUUCCUGCCCAUUCUCGAGCAGGAUGUGAUUGGCUUUCAGAAGAUCAUUAGCUUCACACCCAUUGCGGCUACAGCGCCGGGUGAUAACUAUGCCUCCAUCAUGAUCAGAGUUCACAUUGACAUUCUGCUGAAAGACGGCAACGAGCAAAAGAUAUCGUAUAUACUGAAGACUCAGCUGGAUGCCAGCAAGGGCGGCGCCUUGAUCAGUCAGAUGGGAUUUUUCGCCAAGGAAAAGGAUAUGUACAAGGACCACAUACCGCAGUUUUUGAGGCUCUACAAGGAGGCGGGAGUGGACAUUGAGUUGGCCCCAAAGUGCGUACACAUUGCAGAGACACCCGAGAGGAUCACUCUGGUCUUUGAGGAUCUGAGUCGUCAGAAUUUCAGGAAUGUCGAUCGUCUCAAGGGUUUCGAUAUGGCCCACAUGCGUUGUGUGCUACGGAAAUUGGCAGAGUUCCAUGCGGCCUCGGUGGUCAAUCGUUUGCUCAAUGGACCCUACGAUUCGAAGUUUUAUGAAUCCUUUUUUAAUGAGAAAAAUAGGGCGGUAUUUUCAAAUUUACGAGAACUACGUGAACCUCAAUUCAGAAAGGCCAUGCUCGAGUGGGGACUUCCCGAUGUGGACAUAUACCUGAAGAAGCAAACGACAGGCUCAGAGUACUUUGACGCUGGCCGUAAGCUUAGUCUUGUGGAUGAAAGCGAGUUUAAUGUGCUAAACCACGGCGACUCCUGGUCCAACAACAUAAUGUUCAACUACAAGGAGAAUGGAGAGAUCGACAGGACAAUAUUUGUGGAUCUUCAGGUGGGCAAAUGGGGCUCUCCCGCCCAGGAUCUGUGGUACAUGAUCACAACCUCCGCCUCGCUGGACAUCAAAGUCAAGGAAUUUGAUCUUUUCAUUCGCAUCUAUCAUGAUCGUCUGACCGAGUGUCUGAAAAUUCUUAAAUACUCGAAGCCCAUUCCCUCAUUGAUGGAUAUCCAGAUGCAGAUGUUGAAGUACGGUUUGUGGGGUCCCAUAACGGCUAACGGUGUGAUGGUGGUCGUUCUCUUUCCCUCCGACAAGGACUCCAACAUGGAUAAGCUAAUGGGUGUCGGACCAGAGGCUGAUGCUCUGCGAGAAAAGAGCUUCAAAAAUCCCUACUACGUUAAGGCGAUGAGGCAGUUGCUGCCGUUCUUCCAUAACAAGGGUCUUCUGGAUGUGUAGUUAUAUCUGUCUGUUAUAU